AUGCAGGUAAAAUACAGUACAUCUGUUUCUCAUCUAGACUCUGAAUUUUGUGGUGUAUCAAAAUUAACAAGACUAGUAGUUGAAUCUUGCCCGGUAGAUGAAGAAUCAUGGGAUAAGGCUUCCGAGGCAUUGAAUUGUCAGCAGUAUGAAGGGAAAUGUACAGGGACCUUAAAAUAUCAUUGUCUUAUCAAUCCUUGGCAAAAUAUAACAGUGGCGGUAUGUGCUCCAUCUACACGUAUCCAUUCAGGUUACUGUGCAGAAUACAAUGCUAGGGGAGGUAAAAUCCAGGAAUUUUAUAUUCCUACCUGCACGUCAUGUAUAAGGGACUACAUGUCGACGGACGCAUACAUGUACCAAGAAUGCUAUGAACAAGUAUAUAAAAAGACAAAUAUAAGAAAGAGAGGAGGAAAUCAAACGGAAAAACUGCAUCAAUAUCUUGACGAGCAGUUUGAACCUAGAGUUGGAGCACUUGGAGAUCUAAGUGAUGGAAGCAGGGCCAGAAACAAUAGAUACACCUUCCUUACCAUUUUCUUACUUUGCAUAAUGACUAUCCUUUAAACUGAUAGUUUUGUUAAUAUUAUUAUUAACAUCUUGAUUUUCAAAAUAUUUUUUUUCUUUAAAAUCUGUUUGAAAGUUACGUCUGUUAUUAUUCUAACAUUUAAAAUUGGAUGUAAAUCGGGCAGAGUAAAUGUAAAUCCUUGUCAGCUAAUCAAUGAGUACAUUUAGUUCCUAUCCGGACUUCGAGGAUUAAAUAAGGAAUUCCAGUAUCAACUGAAUAUCAACUUCAGAGUACGUGUGUGUAGAAUCAGACUGAUUAUAAAUGUUUUAAUUUGAAAACUACAAUUAUUACAA